CGUAUUUUGAAUUCACCAUAGGGCUCAGCCAUUCCUAGAGGAAUUCUAGGCACCUUGGAAAAAAGCGAAAUCGCGCUAGGGAUUUCAGCCGAUCUGGCAGCUCUUCCGAUGCCACUGGCGCGCCUUUUAAUCCAAAGCGCCUUUUUCGUGUCUCAUGUUUGCUCGUUUAUUGCGGAGGCCUAUAUAUGCUUCAAGAUGCUGGAAAAGGAUCACUUCCAAGUAAUCUGGAAGGCUGAUGCCAAGUACAUCUUGUGCGAGAAGCUUGAUAUGAUUCCUGACCUGGAACCGGAGUUGAUGGAGGGCACCACUGUGGCCUACCGAUGUCCGGCGUCAAAGGAAUCGGCCCUGCAGUGGAUUCAGCUGUACCAAGAGGCCGCCAACAUCCCCCUGACGACGUACGACUCCAUGUCGAAUGGCCAAAGGGUGGUGUACUGGGCCAGGCUUCGUUGUCACCACGACGUCCCAGAAAAGCCGAGUCGUCCGAGGAAAAACCAAUCCGCCAAGGACACCGGGUGCCCCCUGCGCCUGAAAGUGACUGUCGCCAACACUCCAAAACGGAAUAGGUCUACAGACCCAUGCGCGGCUUACGAGCUACGGGUGACAUGUAACAAGAAGCCCCACAACCACGCCGUGGACAACGCUGCCGCUCUGAGACAUCGACGCGUCUCUGAGCUGACGAAGGCCCGGCUGAUGGAGCUGUUCCAGCACUACCACUCGCCCUCCACGGCGCUGGAGACCCUGAAACUACAGCUUCAGGAGGAGCAUGGGAGCGCCUACCCGUCGGUGGCCGCAGACCGAGCCAUUGUCCCAGAUAGGAUGGCCGUCUACUACCUGUACUACAAGCACUGUCGGGAGCGUUACCCAGCCUCGACCCAGGAGGAGACCAUGGACCUCAUCCGCCACAUGAAGGACGUCCGCACGGCGGUCUCAGUCGAGGACGGCGAGACGGUGAUCGCGGCGGUGACGCCGCUGAUGGAGCGCGUCCACACGCUCCCCGACGCGGGAGAGGUGGUCUUCGUCGACGCCUCAGGAGGGAUGAACCGGCACGGCCAGCGCGUCUUCCUGCUGAUGUGCUGGAGCCCGGCCGGUGGUCUGCCUCUCGGUGUCAUCGUCUCCACCUCGGAGACCGAGGCCGUGGUGGACAAAGCCUUCCGGCUGCUCGUCGGGAUUUUACCAGACGGCGCCUUUGGCGGGCGUGGAAGGCGCGGCCCUCUGUGCUUCAUGACGGACGACUGUCAGGCCGAGCGGAACGCGCUGUCGGCGGUGUGGCCUGAGGCGCGGCUCCUGCUGUGCACGUUUCACGUGCUGCAGGCCGUCUGGCGAUGGCUUCACAACGGCAAACAUGGCAUCGACAAGCAACACAGGCAGGCUAUCAUGGCACUAGCCAAACAGCUCGUGUACGCCAACAAUGAGGCGGAGAUAGCGACGACGAUGGAGCUGGUGGCUACCGAGUGGGGCGAGCGCUACCCACUGCUGGACCAGUACCUGCAGGGUUUCGCUGCCCGCCGUCAAGAGUGGGCGCUGUGCCUCCGCACGGAUGUCCCCACCCGGGGACACAACACGAACAACAUCGUGGAGUCCGCCUUCAGAGUCCUCAAAGACUCUGUCCUCUACAGGACUCGGGCGUUCAACCUGCUGCAGCUGUUUGAUUUCGUCACGGUCCAGCUCAGCAAGCACUACGCCAGGAGGGCGUGCGACGUGGCCAACGGCCGGCAGCGGGCGGCACUGCGCCGGUCCGCGGCGGCACCAGCCAAGAAACGGGCACUGUGACGCAGGUGACGGAGUUCACCUAUCAGGUGAAGUCGCUGACGUCGGUCGGCAUCACCUACCUGGUGGACCUGAACGUCGGCGCCUGCACCUGCAGGAUGAACCGGCGGACUGGCGGCUGCAAACACCUCCGAGCCGUGCGGCAGCAGACUGGCGCUGUGCCGGAGGCGACGGCGACAAAGGAGACGCGGAGGGCCUUGAUGGACAUCGCCAUGGGGACCAGCCAGCAGCUGCCAGGCAACUGGUUUGACCCUCUGGUCGCCGAGCCGUCCACCUCGUCACCUCCUGGCCCCACGCCCGCCAGCGCCCCCGGAGUCGCGCAGCCCCAGCCGUCGCCUGGUCCCGAGGAGUACGACGACGACGCAAUGGACUUCGAGGACCCCGCCGCUGCGGCGGCGGCUGUCAGUGGAGCUGAGCAGCGACGCUCAGAUGACCGGACACGCCAAACCGUGGCGUUCAUCCAGGAGUGGGCAGCCUUCAUGUGCGAGGCAGUCGUCCAGGACGACACCUGGGAGAGGGCUGCCGCUGCCUUCCAGCAGAGGUGGGGCCAGCUGCCCACUGCUGGCCGCCAGUCCGCUCUGCACCAGUUUGGAGGUGCGCAGGGCUGCCGGCGGAACGCCACCCAGAUUCCGGUCCAGCCGACCAGCACUGCCCGUCGCACCAGCACCAACGUGCGGGGUCGCGCUCGCUGGCCCGCUGGACGGCCGUGCCGCUCCGCGCGCACCGGGGAGCACGGCUACGUGGCAGCCUCCGCCAGGCGGUCGGCGGCGCCCCACAGCCUGGCCACCUGUGUUGACCAGAACCGCCCCCUGGGGCGCUGAGUGGUAGAGGUGAAGUGGGGGUGACCGGGGCAAGUUGGUGCCAGGGGGGGGGGGGGUAAGUUGGGACGGAAGGAAUAUUUCCAAUACUUCUCGACAGUUGGCGUUCAAACUUAUUUUGUACAUGCACAGUACAUGCACAGUCUGUUUGUCAACGUGGUGUCGGCGCGUGCUGAGGUAAGUGCUGUUCAUAAUCGCUACAAAUGUGUUUCAGGUACCAAAAGUGAUUUUCUUGCUGUGAAAAUAUUCUCUUCUAGUGUCGUUGUGUGUGCCUUUUUGUUUGCCGCAGGAGUACUGCAAACGUUUGUGUUUUGUCGUUAAUGCCCGCAUGGAUUAGCGAUGAUUGUUCAUGUGAAACAUGAAUAAAAAUGUGUUUAGA